CGAGGCUGGGGGCGGAGGGCGGCCCCUGGGUGGGGAGGCCGCUGCCUCCCUGGGCCUGCCCGGGCGGCCGCCUCCGCGAUGCCGCUGCUCGUGGACGGGCGGCGAGUGCGGCUGCCGCAGUCCGCCGGGGACCUGGUCCGAGCCCACCCGCUUCUGGAGGAAAGAGCCAGACUUCUCAGAGGUCAGUCUGUUCAACAAGUGGGACCCCAGGGCCUUCUGUAUGUUCAGCAAAGAGAGCUUGCAGUGACCUCCCCAAAGGAUGGCUCCAUCUCCAUUCUGGGUUCUGAUGAUGCCACCACUUGUCACAUUGUGGUCCUGAGGCACACAGGUAAUGGGGCUACCUGCUUGACACACUGUGACGGAAGUGACACCAAAGCUGAGGUCCCCUUGAUCAUGAACGCCAUAAAAUCCUUUUCCGACCACACUCAAUGUGGAAGGCUGGAAGUACACCUCGUGGGAGGCUUCAAUGACGACAGGCAGUUGUCACAGAAACUGACUCAUCAGCUCCUUAGUGAAUUUGACAGACAAGAAGAUGACAUUCAUCUGGUGACGUUGUGUGUGACAGAAUUAAAUGACCGGGAAGAAAAUGAAAGCCACUUUCCAAUAAUUUACGGCAUUGCUGUCAACAUCAAAACUGCCGAAAUCUACAGAGCCUCCUUCCAAGACCGAGGUCCGGAGGAGGAGCUGCGGGCCGCCCGAGCUUUAACAGGAGGACCAAUGAUUAGCAUUUACGAUGCAAAGACAGAGCAACUUCGUAUAGGACCGUAUUCCUGGAUGCCAUUUCCCCAUGUGGAUUUCUGGUUGCAGCAAGAUGAUAAGCAGAUACUAGAGAACCUUUCCACGUCACCUCUGGCUGAGCCCCCCCACUUUGUUGAACAUAUCAGAUCUACCUUGAUGUUUUUAAAGAAACACCCUUCUCCAGCUAACACACUGUUUCCUGGGAACAAGGCUCUACUCUACAAAAAAAAUGAAGAUGGCUUAUGGGAAAAGAUCUCUUCCCCAGGAAGCUAAAAAUAGGAAUUACCAAAGAAAGCACCUCUCUGACACAGCAAAAGACCCCUGGCGGGGGCAGGGUAGAGUGUGAACUUGGAAUCUUCCUCCAUUCAGUCUGAGGUCUCUCUCCUUACUCCUUACCUGUUUUUCAGAUGACUUUAAAAUAAAAUCUUAUUUUGGCAAAGGCA